AUGUUUUCAGGACACCCCAUUCUUGAUGAAAUCAAGAAGGGGUUUAAAUUGCGACCGACAAAAACCGUUGAUAAAUCGAAGCCGAUUAUCUACGCCGAGGGUGAAGACGAAUCAGAAGUUGCUCCGACGAAACGAGCCCCUCCGUCUGGAAUUCUUCCACCCGGGCAGGCGCCGGCACCUUCGUUUACUCUUCCGUCCACUUCAACACCAAAUGGUGUAGUCUCACCACCGCCGCCACCAGCAAGUUUUGGCUCUGGCGGAAUUCCGCCUCCUCCACCACCACCACCAGUGAUGGGUGCUGGUGGAAUUCCGCCUCCACCGCCUCCAAUGGGUGGUGGGCCUCCGCCGCCUCCACCAAUGGGAGCAGCACCACCACCGCCACAAGCUGCUAGGCCACGAACUCCGUUGAAUCCCACAUUAGCAAAACUUGGUGGAAAGUCACCAGCUACAGUGGAUCGUGGGGAAUUGCUUAAAGGAAUUCAAGGCGGAUUCAAACUUCGUAAAACGGUGACAAAUGACAAAUCCGGAUUAAUUGUGGACGAAGAAAUGAGAGAAAAAAGUGUGACUUUGAUAGAGCCAGCACCAACUUUAUUUAUUCCGCCUGAGCGUAGUCGAACUCCAAUUCGUCCACAUUCGUCCCUCGGAUUCGAAUCAGAUGAUGAUCGUUUCCGAACACCGUCGGCCCGAACCCCUGAACCGCGCGAUGAUUCACCAGAACCGCUCAUUGGUCAACGUCGGCCAAUUGUGAUGCGAUUCAAAGGCGACCCACCACCGCCACCACCGGAGUUUGGAUUCGAUUCCGAAAAAUGCAAGAUUACUUCAGAAGAUCUUGAGAAAGAAAUCAAGAAGGGAUCGGUUGCUUCAAAAAUGGCAGCGUUGAUGGGAAACAUGGGAUUCUCUCAAGAUAAAAUCGAUAAGGUUGGCACAGGUUCGCUUCCAAGAGCAACAUUCCGUCCAAGUCCAAUGCGAAGCACAUUCCUGUCUGAGGUCAAUAAUAAUCGCAAUGACGAAGCACCAAAAUCGAAGCCCGUUUCGAAAUGGGCACCUGUCGACACCAAUUACGGAUUGAAGACAGCGUCAAGAUCAAACGUCCCAUUAGAUAAACAGGAGAGAGCAACAUCAGUCAUGCGGGAACGCAGUUCGUCUUGGCUUGAUCUGUCACCACGAUCGACCGAAAGAGCACGAACACAAUCUCCAAUUCCGCUGUGUGAACGAUUGGAGUUGGACAAAAUCAAUUUGGAUGAUUAUAAUGAUAUGGGAGAAAUAAAUGAGGAAGAUUUUGAGGCCGAACAACCCAUCGAGAAGAAAACGCCAGUUCGGGAUUCAACGACAUUUAGCCGCAAGACCAAAAAUCUCCCAGAUCCAAUUAGCGUCAAAACGGAUUUCGUGACGACGCCGCGCAAGAUGCCGCAAAUUCAAGAGACACCGCCAACGCCAGCGCAAAAGAAAACUUAUGGGUACGCGAAUAACCGCUCGACAAGCAUCAACAGGUCAACGAGCCCUGUGCCAGCUGGCGAGCAAUCAUCACCGAUUUCGUCAAUGUCAUCGGCGCCCUCGCCAUCGUCGCUUUCGGCCGGGUCUGUAUCACCCGAACAGGUGCCCAAAAAACGAAUUGCGAAUCCGAACUUUGAAAAGGCCAAGGAAAAAUGGGGAGCUGUUGCCAAAGCAGAAGAGCCUCCGGUUCGAGCAUUCGGUCUUCGAGAAAGUAAAACUCCAACGAGAGAGCAAAUCUCACCAACUCGCGAUAAGACUCCGAUGAAGGAUGAUUUAUCGAAUAUUGCUACGACAACAUCCAAGGUUAUAACAAAGUCUAAACAAAAUGAAAAAGAGAAGAGCCCGCCGUGCUUUGCCGUAGUGACUUCGGCAGAGGCGAAAGGUGCUGCGGCGGUUGCUAAGGCAAAGUCCGGUUCGCCACCAUCCGCAAAAUCUACCCAAUCUACUACUACCACUACCACUACUCCAACUACCACAACAAAAAAGAAGCGCGUUGUGAAAAAGAAGCCAUCAGCAAGCACUACCGAAUCGCACUCACAUUCACCCUCACCCGCUAUCACUGCCACCGUUCCAUUGUCGAGCACUAAACCAACCCUACAGCACGAAGAGCGACGAAAAUCGAGCACACCGCUUGGCGAGGUCAAAAAAGUUUGGGGCCAGCCAGAAUCUGGAACAGUCAAAGAUCGUGCCAACAAAUUCCGAGAACAAUUGCAAGCUGACGCCGACAAAGGCAAGAAGCCGUGGCAGCAUCCCUUCAUGCCGACACCGACGGCGCGCGAGCAAUUAUUCGGCUCGUCGACGCUACCCAGAAGACACUCGAAUCAACAACCGAUACGCUAUCAGAGCACACAAACAGUGCGAGUCGUUAAUGUGCCAAUCAGCGCUCCGUGGUACUCGAGAGACCCACUCGAAUCGCGAUCGGAGGCGACGAGAUUGUCGGCCUCUUCGAAAUAUUCGCCGACAUAUAGGAUAUCAUUUGACGAAUUCACAGUUCCGCAUCCAACUCAGAUGCGCGAUCACAUUCGCUUCAAUAUCGACCUCUCGCACGAUUUGCCUCUCUCCAUUUCCCAUCGUUGA